CACAUGUGGUGGUUGCGGCAGUAGAUUCAGCUUCAAACAAAACUCCUUGCCGUGUUAUAUAAUGUUUACGCGUGAACAACUGUAACAGUGUAUUGUGCGAGUAUUUAAUACUUUGUUUAUAACAAUUGGUAUUUCAAAACAACCGGUACAAGACCUACAAAACCACAUUUCCUGUAGUCAGACCACCUCUUCAACGACCACGAAUUUCACACACAUCCAGGCUGUGACCGACUCAACCAUGGACAAACAUGCAUUUCUGACGGAGGCUUCUCUACUUUAUAAAGAUAGCUGUCCUGAGCUGUCCCGGUUCCUAAUGCAAAAUCGGCAAAUGAUGGAUGAAAAGACCAACCCAUCAACCAACGAGGCACUUCUGUGCCCCUUCUGCUUCCAGUGGCGUGAAGCCGACAACCACCGGGUACGACUACGGCCCAAGAGGAGACCCUCCGCCCGCCUGCAAAGGAUCCUGGGUAGGGAGGCCAAGGGCCGCAGGCUCAGCCUGGCCGAGAAGGACGCCCUGGCCCGCUUCAGGAGGUCCUCCAGCUGCCUGAUGGCCACGUGUCACACCUGCAAUAAGACGGCUAGAAGGUCGGGACCAAACCGUGACUUCCUGGCAGCCAUGGGCAAGACGACUCCGAGAGGUGGAGGGCAGCGAAAGACUCCCCAGUCCGCCACGAAAGGGUUCCCCUCCACAUCCACCCCGACCUCCACGCCCAGUCAGAAGACGCCUUUCAGCACACCCAGGGCACCAGUGUCCUCCGAGUCCACGAGUUCAGGUGGCAAGUCGUCGUCUUCCUCCAGUGUGAAGAAGUCGGCCUUCUCCCGGCUCAAGAAACUCCUGAUGCUGGAAGACAGCCCCAGCAAGACCAACAAGAAGGGAGGAUUGAAGGACUUCCUGUCAGCGCUCUGAAGAAGAAGAACGAUGGAAAAGCUGCUGUUGCUGCAUCUACAAAGUGUCCAUAGUAUACCAACUCGAUACCUUAUCGGCAGGCGCUAUAGCCUUUUUGACUUGGCGCCACAAAGGCCAUAUUAGAGUGAGGGACACAUGGCAGAGAAUGUAUUGUUCUGCUGCUCAGGUUCAAUAGGGUUAGUCCCCCUGAUGAGGAGGAGAUGUAGCGCCUCCUACUGGGCUGAGGGGGAAGGCUUGUGUGCUCUUUCUCCCCAGUAUGUCAAAGCCAUAGAGACAAGUGGGCCUGGGCUAAUGCUUAGUGCAAAUGGCCACCUUGUCACUCUAUGUUCUUUUGAGGAGUAGCCUAUUAAUAGGCGAAUGGUUUGGGCAGGCCCUUGUGUGCUUACCUCCUUUUCUCCCCUUUCGGCAAUUAUUUGGUCACGUCCCGUACUUGUGGUAUCAGCAUCAGGUUAAUAUGGGGGAACUGUUACUUAUUUUAUGAGUAAUGAACUAAUUGUUUAUUGUAUUACAGUACAAUAUUUAGGAGGCAGUUGUGUCAAAUAGACAAGAGACAGGUGCAUUGAAUCUGCACUUGCUUGUUAUCAUAUUCAAUGUCUUUUUUUUUUUUUUUACUUCACUUUGAAUUUUAAAAGUGAAAAUUAUGUGAAAUGUGUAUUAUUGUAUUGUAUUAUUAUUGUAUUAUUCUGUGGUAUGAAUAUCACAGUGCCACUGAUUUUUUUUAUAAUCAAAAUACUCUUUCCUAGGUCUACUAGUACAUGCUGGUAUCAUGGAAAAGGUGCAAAGACGAAAAUGUUUACAUGCUACUAUGCAGGUUCAUUUUUGAAGACCAAAUUUGAGCAUUUCUAAGAUUGAUACUUAAACAAAAAAAACUGCAUUUUUUUAACAGACUUGGGUUAUAUUAUGUAUUGAGUAGUGUACCUUCUGUGUUGUCAGGAGGAGGGUUUUUUGUCAAAUGUUUGCAAUGUUCAGAUGUUGGUAAUUUUUGCUUUUUUUCAAAUGUAUUAAAUAAACAAAAUAU